AUCUCCUGCAACUUUCAAAGGCCAACCAAACAAAUAUGAGCAUAUUUCUCACAUGGCCACAGACCAAAGUUUUUCACUUCCUGUGUGGAAAUGUAUCUGUGGUAUUGUGAAAGAACGCCAGCAAGACUGUAUCUUAACGCUAUGCACGUAAGUCCGCCAUAGAAGCUGUACCUGCUAAUUACUAUAGCUAUUAGAUAUUGCCUUUUCUUGUUUUUGUGACCUUAAAGCUGUUGUCAUAUUGAGAUAAGGACCAAACAGCAUAUGGCAAUCGAUACUGGGUUUUCAAGAUAUUUGGGCAUCAACUGGACCUUGACUCUAAUAUGCUGCUUCUUCUAUAUUUUCUUGCAAGCAGAAACACACAGGAUCUCACGGACAGCUGGGAGCACAGUGACCCUGAACUGUAGCAAUGACUCAAUUAGCAACUUAACUCAACUGGCGUGGAAAAUGAAUGGGGAUAUUCUGUUCACUAUCAGGCCAGAUGAAACCUUUAACAGCAGCUCAAAGGACUCAAAGGUCAGAUGUGUAACGUCCUCUAAAGCUGAGAGCCUGAAGCUGAACGUGUCCAUGUUAAAGAACCAACUGUAUGCAUUAACCAUAACGAGAGCCCAGAGUUCGCACACGGGAAACUACACUUGUGAAUUCUCUGCAUUAAAGGGAGUCGAGGAACAGAAAUGGGAGCUCGUAAUUACAGAGGAUGCUGAAGCAAGAAAUGCAUUGAAUAUCCCGCUUGCCGUAGUAGUUAUUGUACCUUGUACGUGUUUCCUCAUCUUUCUAAUUACUAUUGUGAUCAUUCUGAGAAAAGUCUGCAAACGACGUUUACGCUCUCGUUCUCCCAAUUCAAUAAUGGAACAGAAAGAAGAUAUUUAUGAAAACUGCCUGGAACUUGAAAAUCGCCAACGACGCAGCCAGAUUCAGGUUCAACCUUACAGAUACAGAUGAUAUGAACCACACAUAGUAAAAGAAGACUCAACUUUUUAUAUCAAAAGAUUUAAACAGCUUUCUUCUUAUAUGUAAUAUAAUAAAAACAAACAUAAAGUGUACUUAAAGCUGCAUUUUUCUUGGCUACAUGAACAUCUGUCAGUUUAUAAAUAAGUCAACAGUUUACACAUUUGUCAUUUCAAUACGGAGAGAUCGUUUGGAAGAACUGAUCGCGAAUAUUUACUGAGAUAGAGAAAUGGAUCAAUGUGUCUGCUGGUUGAACUCUGGUCCCAUCGGUGAUCGGAUUUAAGACAAGACCCCUAAACGCUGGUGGUGGUGAAGAUGAAUAUUAAGGCUUGGAUGGAGCUCUGAGUGACUCGGGUGGGUUGAAAGUGUGAACGACAGACCAUUGAGAUUUAAACUCUCCAGAGUGGAGGCUGAUUGGCUCAAAUAAGGCAGGUAAGAAGAUGAUUGGACUGCUAUAAUGAUGUCAGUAUUGAGUUUAACAGUGUGGGAAAGUGGUAGUAAUGUAAAGAGUAGACUAACACCCUGGGAAGGAGGAAAUGAGUGACUACAGAUCCUCCUUAUUGACACAAUGCUAAGCUUUAUGGUGUAAAAGAACUUAAAGUGAAUAAAAUUACCCUCUACCUGCUGAAUGCA